GAGAGGGAGAGAGAGGGAGGGAGAGAGAGACACAGACAGACAGACAGACAGACGGAGAGUGUGUUUAUUCACACAGGGAAACAUUGUGACCCAUUGAGAAUCACAUUGGAGCGGCCGCGAGUGUCUAAGACACAACCCCCAACCCCUGGCACUGGCAGAGGCCGGAGCGGCUGGGCAGGGGCCGGAGAGACUGGGCAAGGGCCGGAGCGGCUGGGCAGGGGCCGGAGCGGCUGGGCAGGGUCCAGGUUCUCUGACCAGAGGCCAGCUCGCGGGGUCAGGGACAUGGUCAGAGGGAGCAGAGCCUGAUGCAGGAGCGGAGGAUCCGGCGGACCCUGGGCUCGGUCUCCUGGCUCCUGGGGCUGGUUGUGUGGGCAGCAAUCGGCCGCGGCUGGGCGGAGAGCUGGGCGCCGGGAGAUACCCCCCCGGGGGGCAGUGACCGGGGAGAUACCCCCCCGGGGGGCAGCGACCGGGGAGAUACCCCCCCGGGGGGCAGCGACUUGGACGAUGUCAGGAAGACAGCGCUGUACGAAAGCCAAACAGCUCAGCGACGGAGACUGAGUCCGUAUGAGGAAACUGUUCCCUACAUCACAGUCAGAGGCAAGAAGCACAGGCUGGACCGCGUGUUCCAGGGCCGACCCUCAACGAUCCUGCAGUGCACUGUACAGUCCGAAGGGAAGAAACUGGUGUUGAAGCUGCAGCAGAAUGAGAACCUCUUCUCUGGUGCUCACCGGCUCAUGUACUAUCUACCCAACGGGACCUUGGUGACAGAGGAGGAGAGUAACCCGGUAAGGAUUGUCCGCACCUUUGCUCUGUGUGUGGGCUGCUCAUGGGAGAGGGGAGCCGGAGAUUGGGAAGCGAGGAAGGAAAGAGGGAAUUCACGUCCACCUGGACCUUUUUGUGUUGGGUUAGAUCAAGUGGGCCGAUUGGUUUAUUGGAUGUUCCACUGGAUUUCCGGAUGUGGAAGUGAAAGUAACUCGGCGACUGAAAUGGGAUUGGGAAAAAACGAAGGAAUUCAGCCAUUUGCGAUCUCAUUACGCCGGGGAUACCCGGACCCAAAAUUCCCACUGAAAAUUGACCAACCUUUGGCUGCUCCGUUGUAUUUUCCGUGA